AUGACCAUAGAGGUUUCGGCUCCCAAAAAGGACAUAGUCACACGUGUGCUCAAACAGUCGGGCCAUGUGGGCUUUGAUACCCUGCCCGAUCAACUGGUCAACAAAAGUGUCCAAAAUGGUUUUGUCUUCAAUGUUAUGUGCAUAGGAGAAACUGGAUUGGGUAAAUCCACUCUCAUGGAUUCGUUGUUCAAUACAAAUUUCGAUUCCGUGGCCAGUCCUCAUACACUGCCCAAUGUAAAACUCAAGGCCAAUACCUAUGAACUGCAGGAGAGCAAUGUACAGCUGAAAUUGACCAUUUGCGAUACCGUGGGCUUUGGUGAUCAAAUCAAUAAGGAAAACUCCUUUAAGGCGGUGGUGGAUUAUAUCGAUGUGCAAUUUGAAUCCUAUCUGCAGGAAGAACUGAAGAUCAAACGUUCUUUGGUGGAUUUCCAUGAUAGCCGCAUACACGCUUGCCUCUAUUUUCUAUGUCCCACUGGCCAUGGCCUAAAAUCCCUGGAUUUGGUUUGCAUGAAGCAGCUGGAUAGUAAGGUCAACAUCAUACCCAUUAUAGCCAAGGCUGAUACCAUAUCCAAGAUUGAGUUACAACGCUUUAAGGGCAAGAUUUUGGAAGAGCUGCAAAAGAAUGGCGUCAACAUCUAUCACUUUCCCACCGACGAUGAGGCUGUGGCCGAAACCAAUGCCAACAUGAAUGAGCACACCCCCUUUGCGGUGGUGGGCAGCAGGGAGUUUGUCAAGAUAGGCAACAAACAGGUCAGGGCCCGUCAAUAUCCCUGGGGCACAGUUCAAGUGGAGAAUGAGAUACAUUGCGAUUUUGUCAAGCUGCGAGAAAUGUUGAUACGCACCAAUAUGGAGGAUAUGCGCGAACAGACCCACAGCAAACAUUAUGCCUUGUAUCGCCAGACACGCCUGCUCGAUAUGGGUUUCUCCGAUAUGGACGAUGACAACAAGCCGGUUUCGUUUCAGGAAAUUUUCGAGGUAAAACGUUCCAAACAUUUGAAUGAGCUGCAAGCCAAAGAGGAGGAAGUGCGUCAAAUGUUUGUGCAACGUGUCAAGGCUAAGGAGGCAGAGCUCAAGGAUAAUGAAAAGGACUUGCAUUUGCGUUUUGACAAAUUGAAAAAGGAACAUGCCGAGGAGAAGAGAAAGCUGGAGGAGGCCCGUCAGAAAUUGGAAGAGGAAUAUUUGGAGUUUACCACCCAUAAAAAUCACUACAACUCCGCCAACCACACCAUGACCUUGGGAAAAAGGAACAAGAAGUAG